CCGGAGCCCGGAUCACGACUCAUCCUCGAAGAGGAGUCUGGUGCCUCUGCUCCAGGAGUCGGACUGCUCCGUUAGCGGAAUCGAGGAGCCGCAGCGUUGGAAAGCAGCGGCAGCGAGCAGCCACGUGACGAGUGCGAGUCGUCGCCGUCGCAGCAGCAGCAGCGGCGGCGGAUAGAGAGCAGAGACCCGAGCGUUGUCAAGCGCAGCACCGGCCGUGUAGUGGUGCGACGCAUACACACAGAGCCAAAGCAGCGAGAGAGAGAGAGAGAGACGACGGACGUCGCGGCGGGCCAGUGUAUACACACAAUGCGGAGCAGGAGCAGGAGUAGCAGCGCGCCCUCGGCCAGCGACAGUAGCCGCCGACGGCCGUAACCUGACUGUGUGCGUGUGUUUAUCCGUGUGCUGUGCCGAUGUAAGCGUGUGUAUAUAUAUACAGAUGUACUCGGUGCAUGUGUACCUAGGUGUAUUACUGUACAGUGAGACUGCGCCUCGAUGACGACGAGGCCGUCGUCGCGGUCGUUGUUGUUGCUCGGCGGCAGUGCUCCGCCUUCCUCCUCUGGCGCAGCGGCUCCUCGGCGUCGAGGACUCCGCAGAUGAGACUGGUCCAUCUCCGUCUUCGCGAGUGCUCCGAGUGACAGCGGUUCCGCCGUCGUUCGCGGGAAAUUCCGCGCGAGCAUUUGUUGUUGUUGUUGUUGUUGUUGCUGUUGCCGUUGCCGUUGUUCCGUGCAGUGUGCGUGUGCAUGCAUCAGCGACGACGACGUUCGACACGCAGCGGCAGCGGAAAAAGGAGAGCGUGCGCUGAAAUUUGCGCAAUUGUCGUUGUUGCGAAGGAGAGAAGAAGGAGAGAAAGGAAGGAAGAAGAAGAAGAAGAAGAAGGAAAGCCGCGGCAGCCGCGAGACGGCGUGUGUUGGUGCGACGUGUCGGAAGGGAGGGAGAGAGAGAGAGCAGUAGCGGAGCGGAGCAAAGCAGCAUAGAGAGCGCGCGCGCCUCCGCAGCAGCAGCGGAGCGACGACUAUACUCGUCGGGGAUAUACAGUGUGUCCGUGCGUGUGUACGUGUGAGAACGACGAGGCUGCUGCGCUACUCGUCGUGUCCCCCGAAGCUGCCAGCGACGUUUGUGCGUUGUUGCUGCGCCGCGCCACACACGGGGGUGUGAGGAAGAGUGAGAGAGAUAGCUACUGCUGCUGCAUUUUCGCCUUCCCGUCCCGUAGCAGCAGCAGCAGCAGCAGCAGCCGCGGGAAGUGCGGCGACGCCAGUAGUGUCUUGGUUCGGCCGUUCCGUUUCUAUACGCGCGUGCUUGCCCGCCCAGCCGAGCAUCACGGCUACAACACACGGAUAUCUCCGAUAAUUCUCCCGCUGCUUCGUCGUCGCGGGUUCGCCGCGGGUCGGCUCUUUCCAGAUCAGUGCGCGUGUGUGAGUGUCGUGCCAGAGUACAGCGGUUACGCAUACAGCUACACGUCGUCGGAGCAGGAGGAGCGGAGGACGGGAGGGAAGCACGAGCGAGAAGCGAGCCACGAGGCGUCACCGAGGAGCAGCAGCAGCAGAUAGCGUCAUGAAGCCCAGAACCUCGUGAACCAGUCCGAAUGCCGCAUCGUCUUUGCCAAUCAUCCUCCUCGAUCUGAGCCCAGCGGAGCAGUUACAUCAUAACCGGGUCCCAUCGGAGGAUCGCAAGAACGGCGAGGGAAGAGAAAAGCAGCAGCUGACGUCAGCUGCGAAGCACUAGGAGCAGCCUGCAGCACAGUCCUCGUAUGCAAGCGGCCGAGGUCAGACGAUCGCUGCACAGGCGGAGGACUCGCCGAAGUGGCGGCAGGCGUCCUCGCUGCCGCUGUCGCUGCUCCUCCAUCUCGUCCGGCUAGGAUUGGACCAAUGACAAAGCCGCACCACUGCUGCUGAACGCUUCGAGUGAUCGAGAGACAGAGCUCGCCUGCGAGGAGAAAGGAUCAGGAGCAGGAGCGAAAUCGCAGAAACGCAAGCGCGGCCAAGGCGGAGGAGAGAGAAAAGACAGGGGCACCUUGGGUCGCCCUAUGUCGUUGUGAGAGGAGACCUGGGGACUGCCUCCCUGCGCGCAGGGGCAUGGAGUACGGGGGCGGCGGGGGCGGCGGCAGUGGGGCCGGCCGCGGUGGCGGUGUCCAGCCACCGGCGACCGGUGCCAGGGGCAUCGUCGCCGGCACCGACACUACCGACGCCGCGUGGCACAAGCACGAGCAAAUGAUGAUCAUGGAGUCGAGGCACAAGCAGCAACUGAGCGGGAGGACGGUGACGGGAGGCGCGCCCCUGUACGGCCGACUGGUGGCCGAGGAGCCGCUGCCCGGCGCGGUCUGCGGGGCCGGCGGCACGGGCGGCGGCUCCGGGGUCAUGCCGCAGGAGACGCCGGCCGACAUCCACGCGAUGCAGGCCAGGAUACCCCACAGGUUUCGGGACCCGGCCACCGCGCCGCUCAGGAAGCUCAGCGUCGACCUUAUCAAGACCUACAAGCACAUCAACGAGGUAUACUAUGCCAAAAAGAAGAGAAGGGCGCAACAGAUGCAGGGCGAAGACGGCUCGCACAAGAAGGAGAGAAAGCUCUACAACGACGGUUGGGACGACGACAACCACGACUACAUUAUCAAGAAUGGGGAGAAGUUCCUCGAUCGGUACGAGAUCGAUUCGUUAAUUGGUAAAGGCAGUUUUGGCCAAGUGGUGAAGGCAUUCGAUCACGAAGAACAAACUCAGGUGGCAAUAAAAAUCAUCAAGAACAAAAAACCCUUCCUAAAUCAAGCGCAAAUUGAAGUUAGGUUACUGGAGAUGAUGAAUAGAGCGGAUACCGAUAACAAGUAUUAUAUAGUUAAACUCAAGAGGCAUUUUAUGUGGCGGAACCAUCUGUGUUUGGUAUUUGAGCUACUGUCGUACAACCUCUACGAUUUACUUAGAAAUACGAAUUUCCGAGGGGUGUCGUUGAACCUGACGAGAAAAUUCGCACAGCAACUGUGCACUGCCCUCCUGUUCCUGUCCACGCCGGAAUUGAACAUCAUUCACUGUGAUCUGAAGCCUGAAAACAUCCUCCUGUGCAAUCCCAAGCGAAGCGCAAUAAAAAUUGUCGAUUUUGGCAGUUCGUGUCAACUUGGACAGAGGAUAUACCAGUACAUACAGUCUAGGUUUUACCGAUCACCCGAAGUGUUACUAGGCAUACCUUACGACCUCGCGAUAGACAUGUGGAGUCUGGGUUGUAUUUUAGUAGAAAUGCAUACAGGAGAACCCUUGUUCAGUGGAGCCAACGAGGUUGACCAAAUGAACAAAAUUGUCGAAGUGCUGGGCAUGCCGCCAAAGCACAUACUGGACCAAGCGCACAAGGCGCGGAAGUACUUUGAUAAAGUCCCCACGGACGGCUCGUACGUACUGAAAAAAUCCAAGGAAGGCAAGAAAUACAAAUUGCCGGGCACCAGGCGGUUGCACGACAUCCUGGGCGUCGAGACGGGCGGCCCCGGUGGCAGGAGGCACGGCGAACCCGGCCACUCGAUCUCCGACUACCUCAAGUUCAAGGACCUGAUACUGAGGAUGCUGGACUUCGAUCCCAAAACGCGGGUCACGCCUUACUACGCGCUGCAGCACAACUUCUUCAAGAGGACGGCCGACGAGGGGACCAACACGAAUAUCGCCGCUGCCAAUAGUGCCAACACCAGUCCGGCGGUCGUGUCGAUGAGCCAGGACCACGGACUGGUUAGCAUGUCUGGACAGGGCAGUAGCAGCGGCGGAGGCGGUAGCGGUAGCAGCGGCAGCACCGGCAGCGGCGCGCAGCACCAGCCGAUGGAGUGCGAGUCGUCACCGCGACACACGCUGGGCCUAGGAGGCAGACGGCCAACGGGCAGCUCGAACGCGCCGACGAGCUCGGCGCCGGCCUCCAUUGACGCCGGCAGUGGCAACGGCGGCGGCAGCUCCCUCAUACAAAGCUCUCUCGGCUCGUACAACAGCCUGAUUCUUCCUAGCAUUCCCCACCUGCCCGCGGCGAUGAUGGGCUCGCCGAUGAGCGGUAUCCACCACCAGCAGCCGAGUUUCUACAACUACGCGAGCUACGGUGCCGGUACUGAGGGCCACCGCCAGGUGGUAGUGCCCUCGCAGGUAGUCGUCGCCGGGGCCAAGCAACGCGCUGAUGCCGAUCGCGAGGACAGCCCGAUGGUGGGUGUCUGCGUGCAGCAGAGCCCUGUCGCAAUCCACUGAUCCGAGGCAGGGCACGCAGCCUCAGUCGCCGCCUCCUCCCCCACCCCGUCCCCGUCGUCGCCGUCUCCGUCCUCGUUCUCGUCGCGAUGAUCGACACGACGGUGAAGCCGGCCACCACCGGCUGUGCUGCUGCUGGAGGCUCUUCUCUUCUGGACUGACGACGGACUCGUCUGCAGCUCUUUACGGAUUUCGGCCGCCGCCUCGUUCGCGGAGAUCCGACUCGAGGAUUCAGCUUGUUUCCAAUGUUCGGCGCUGACGAUCGAAUGCUGGGAGAACCAUUGAAAAAUGAAGGAAAGAAAAAACAUAUAAACACUCUGGUGGAGCGCAUGUGCUAUCUGUUGACGAAUUUUCUCUGGAUCUGUAACGAAACGAAAUACCUGAUCGAAUGCGUUAUGAGUAUUGAUUUCUCGCUUUUUGUAAAACGAAUGUCAUGAACUGUAUGCUUUUCCAGUAAAUUACAGAUUCAUCAAAAUUAUACAUACGAAAUUGUAGUGAAUUGUUACAACGCGAAACUAUAAGUACCAGUCUCAUGAACUAUCCAUUCUACUUAAAAUCGUAUUCUCAAAUCCAACUGUCAGUUAUGCUGAACAUACUUCCAAACAACACGGAGACCCUUCCCGAACUGGCGACUAAUCGUUCGAGCGAACGUGCAAUGCAAUGCGUUUAAAUGGUACCGAUAAAUUAGACAGUCCUCUGGGUCAGCCUCCAGGAGAAACCUCUCGAUCUUCGCUUUCUUACCUCCUGACACGUAGUAGCAUCGACCUCAUCGAGAGCCGAUCAUUUAUCGAAAGAGAUAAACAAAAAAUGCUGGCGCAUGUCUCGGUCAAUAGCAUUGUGUGCGUAAUACGUGUGCGCGCAUCCGACGAAGAAGCAAAAGGCUGACAAUCACGACAACGAAGGAUCGCAACCGAAAAAAUCGAAAAUAAAGAUUAAAAAUCAAGACGAAGCCAAAGGGUGUUAACCCCUCUUCCUCGCGUCACUUGACUUCGGUCACGCGCCAACUUCCAUACUUACUCGACGGGACGAUCAGCAAAUCAACAAGUCGACCGGCAUCCGCGAACCAAGUCGGAGGAGUCAAAUCGAAGAAGAACGAGCUGUACACGGAAGGUUACUCGUUUAUUAUCUAAUGCUAAAGUAUGUGUGUGUAUAUAUCAAAUCUAUAUAUCUAUAUAUGACCAUAUAUAUAGAUAUAGGCAGUAUCGUGCCGAUCGGCGCAGUAUACGAAUAUAUAAAUUUAACAAAAAAAAAAGAAAAAACAAAUAACGCGAAGAUAACCAGGAGGUGAAGAAAGCUGCAGAGAGAGGAAGAGCGCCGCGAGUUACCUCGAGAGCAUGGAUGCACGGGGAAUUACGGCCUAGUGUGCGGAUGAAACCCAGCUUGGCCUCUUUGGGUCCUGCCCGACAGACACUUAAUUAAAAUUAAAUUUAAAAAAUAUCCAAGGACAAAGCAAAUUUAGUCGAUAACGCGACAAUGGAUAACUUUUACCAUAUGAACUGAGUGGCCUAGAGAGGAAAAAAGUGAUAAUUACCUAUUACUAUUGCAUUAAAUGAAGGAAAAAAUACAGAUAAACAAUGUAAUCAUGUACUCCGAUAGAGUUUUAUACACGAUGUGACGAAUGUAAAAGGUACAUAGUGCGUAUUCGCAGUAAAAAGAAAAAGAGAAUGAUUGUUCUUUGUACAAUACGUUUAGGUGAAUGCAAAUGAGAAUGCAGCUUUAGGGUCUUAACUUGUAAGUUCAGAAAAAGUGAAUGAAAGCGCGAAUGAGUGAACGUACCAGCGAUAACAUGUAAGUGUGUGCGUGCGUAGAAAGAGAGAACGGGAGGGGAGAAAUAUGAAUUUGACUUUUAUUUACUUCGGAUCGGACGAGGCGUUGUAUGUGUGCAUAAAACACGCUGAGCGGCGCAAAUUCCAGUUUGUUGCUUACAGGGACUUGAAACAAACUUGAGAGUCUUUGCGCGACUUAACAAUACAUAUUUAUACAUAAAGUAUUGAUAAGAAAGUUGAAGUGUAAACGCUAAGAAUCAUCAUGAAUAAUCAUAUGAGAAAAACUAGGUACUUUGAAAUAAAACAAUACACGCGUAUCACAAGUACAUGCGGUCCCAACAUCGUUAUUGAUUUUUGCCGUUUUUAUUUUCUCCUUUUUUAUUAUUAUUAUUGUAAACCACAAUUUUGCUCAGCCUAGUGAACUUGGCUUAACGAGUUCGAGGGAAUGCGAAAUGAAAGUGAGCUCUGCGAGUUUUUUAGAUACUGCUUUUUUCAAUGAAGUAAACAAAACACGUACUGAAAUAUAGAGAAACACUGAAACUAGCUAAGAUAUUCAAUACGUAGACUGAACAAGUGUUUGUUAAGGUAUUAACGCAAGCAAUUUUCGUGCGCAGGAUUUUCAUGAGACAUCGCUGGUCCGUCGAUUUCUCGCACACAUUUACUGUGCCGCAAACCCUUUAAAACUAUGAUUCCUUUUUUAAUACCUAAACGAUAAAGACUGUUAAAGUAUUUACUACAUAGUGAGCGUGUGUCAUAAAUCAGCGGAUAAGUAACUUGAAAAUACUGCUAUCGAAAGCAUAUACAUUUUAAUAGUUAAUAUUCCUUUAAUUACACCAAUAUAACGUUCGAGAAUAUACUUUCUUCUUUUUAAUGGCAUUAUUUACACAAUUUGUAUUGAAAACGAUGAAUUUUAAUCAGAAAUUUUAAAAAACGUCGUAACGUAACACAGUGAAUUCUUGGCGUAAAACAAAUGCUGGGAGUCUUUUCUCGUAUUCUCAUAUCGUGUUCGCGUAUCGGUUUGGCUGUCGAGGCAUUCGAAGCGACUGUAAGCGCGAAACCAAUGCAUUUCAUCCAGCUUGUUAAAGGGCUUGGGAUAAAAAAAGAAUUUCAUCGAUCAUUUAGCUCGUAAACGACGAAUUCCUUUGGAGUACGUACAGAUUUUUCAAGUUAUUUAUAUAUUUUUAUAUCGCAGUGUCGACGACGUGUAAAUGUAUAUUUCUAUGCCCCUCCUCCAUAUGACGUCAGGUAUGCGACCGUUGAAAGCCUUUCUAGGAUCAGUGAAUUUUGUUGGAUAUCUGCGUCGUGUGCUAAUAUGUACUUUUUACCUCGCGUUGAGAUUGGUUAUUGAACUCAACGGUGACUUUUGAAAGUUGUUGUAAUAAGUAAAUGUCGAAUCUGCUGCAGCCAAACGGAUAGUAGUUGAGCAUACAAAACGAGUGAAUACAAAAACGGAUGCACGUUUAAGACGCAUAAAAAAUAAUGACAAAGUAUCACAAGUUCUCUUGACAAGUGCGAGCGAUGCUCAGAGACCUCAGAGUUUUCUGUGAUAAAUUCUGACAUUCUCAACGAGAAAUAAAAAAAGAGAAUAAGAGUAAAAUAGGAAAUAAUCUCUAAUAGAACGGCAAAAAUCAGUACGCUUUUUCAAAGAAGCAAGAAAACGAUAAAAACAAUAGAUAAUGUAUGAUUUCAGAUGACCCUCUUCCAAGUCUCUCUCUGUUUGAUUCUGUACGCGAAAGUUAUCACGCUCGAAUAAGCUAACAAUGGCCCAUUCGCCAGGAUUAGUUUUAUUUUAAACCGAAAUCUUUUGAAAUUGAAUCGUUUGACGUACGAAAAAUCUUCUUUUCUAAAAAGAAAUAAAAGCAACGUAAUUAUUGACAAAUUGCGGUGGCGACUUUCGAGUACAGAGUUACCUUUGACGAUGCAUCGAGGCAUUUUGUUCUUUAUUUCAUUUUUUUUCACAUGACGAUCGUUAAUGUUCGAAAUUAUUUGUUAUCAUUAAUAACAGAGUUCUGUAAUUGAUUUAAGACUAUGAAUUUUAGAAAAUUAAUCAAGAGGACCUAGGUGACAUUCAAUUUAAAUAUUGAUUUGUAAUGCGUUAAAGUUAAAAGUUAACAAUAAAUUAAUAAAAAUUGUAACUUUUUCAUGAUUCGUAAUUUAAAUUUAUCCACGUUCAUCAAGUUAUGAGUACUGCUUUCUAAUAAUCAUUACAAAUAAGCAUUUUACUCACAUUAAAAAUCAAUAUUUUUCCUAGCCUUUCACCAUGGGCCUCUUUAAAAUAACAUUUAGGGACAAUUUCUUUUGUGGCAGAGUAAUAAUAUCGACUGCGAAUUUAAAAAAUAUGUAGUGCGGAUUUUGGGAAUUAAAAAAAACUAUUCAAACAUUGUUAGUUCGUAAUUGUAAAAACUAUUAAAAGAAUUGCGUUUUUUUCUAUUUUCAACGUGCACGUCGUUCCUGGACGAUCCUUUCGCCACUCAACAACAGUUGACCCUUAAUACUGAUAUUUAAGCCAAUUAGCAAAUGACAGAAUUGUACACAUUACAUAGCAUAAGAAUCAGCGAUACAUGCUUUAAGAGAUUACAUAUUGCAAAUUUGUAUUUAUACGCAAAAUUUUUUUAACUUUUCAAUACGGAAUACUUUGACAAACGAAUUUUUUAGCGCAAGCCUUGGGUUAGAAUCGACACAGAUAUUCAUGUAUCAUAACUUGUAAUGUAUGUAGUAUUUGCUACUUUUUUUAAAAAGGUCCGUUAAAAUUUGCCGUUAGCUAAUCGAAUUCUUUCAAAGUUUCCGUCGAGCAAUUUGUUGGUCUGAUGAAAUAUUACGCCUAAAUGAAUUGUAAGUCUUUAGAGCAUGUAUGGACUGAAAUAACAUAAGUUUCCUAAAGUCAUGUGUAAAAACAUUGUGUUCAGAAGAAAUAUACUAUAAUACGACUGAUAAAUGCCUGCAAAGUGGCGAGCAAGCGUCCAUCGAGGAACAUUAUUAUAUUCGAGCGAAAAUAUACGUCUCGAUCGUCAAUUGGACGCCACCAAUCGGAGCAUAUGAGGAAUGAAUGAGAAUAAGAAAAAAAUAAAGCGCUAACAUUUAAGAAACAAAAACCAACCGACUUAUAAAAGAAUACAAUGAGAAAAA